AUGAGGCAUGCAUCCGUAUGGAUGUGUAUCUUGCUGACAUUCUACAACCUGCAAGCAACCACACUAGCGGCCAUCGUUCCGCCACCAUGGAGCGACCCGAACAAAAACCCGUGCGCCAGCCAACCUGGCGGCUGGCAGCUGCUCUACUGGCCACCGCUUAAGCGCUGCUUCAAGAUAUUCCAGCUCGGCUACCCCUGCCCGGACACGAUGGAGCUCAGCCCGGUGGGUGCCGGAUCGACCGGGCUUGGUUCGACCGCCGAAUGCCGCUGCCCGCCCGGGACGGCCCAGUCGCCGCUGACCAAGAAAUGCCACAAGCUGUUCGAGCGCGGCCCAUGCGAAUUCGGCCAGUACUUUGCGCCCAUCGCCGAUCCCGCCGGCCGAAGUGCCAUACCAAAACAACGCUGGGGUGUAUGCAAAUCGACGGAAAUCUGCGACAGUGGCAUGAUCUACUGGCCGCAGGAUAACAAGUGCUAUCAGAUUCACACCAAAGGACCCUGCCCAAGGGGGAAGCUUAUCAGCUUGGACAACAACGGUAUCGCCAGGUGUAAGUGUGACAACGAAGGAGACCUUAGCAACUACUUCCACGAGGAAACCGAAACUUGCCAUGAGUUCUUCUCCAAAGGACCCUGCCUCGGGACGGGUGAACUGUUCCUGCCGUCGCGCAAAUGUGCCUGCCACGAGCGACUGCCACACUAUCACAACGAGACGAACCAGUGCUACGAGCUGGGCACGAUCGGUCCGUGUCCCUUCGGGCACACGUUCAUCGUGGCGGACAGUAAAAGGCAGGACACGGCCGGCGGUGGCAUGAAGGCCGAAUGUCGCUGCAAGGACGGCUACGUGUCGUGGAAGGAUGGCUACUGCUACAAACUGUACACCCAGGGUCCGUGCGAGUUCGGCUCGUUCGUAACGGAAGCGAACGUGUGCACGGUGAACCCGUGCGAGAAGGGCCGGCUCUACUUUCCGCAGGAGAAAACGUGCUACCGAAUCGGCUCGCAAGGGCCCUGCAGCCUGCACCAGGUGGUGAUCUUCGAUUUCACCUCCCGACCGUCGCUGGACGGCAUCUCGUACAACGGGAUGUGCGGCUGCUCCGGUGUGAUCUCGAACCUCGACCAAUCCUGCACGGACGAGGCGGACCAAAUACCGCAGAGCGCCUGCGACAGCACGCCCGAAAUGGUCGAGGUAAACCGGCAGUGCUUCAAGCUGUACACACGCGGCCCGUGCGGUCCCGGCCAGUGGCUGGAGCCGAAGAAAAUCCCGACGCGCAUUCGAUCGGCGGCUUGCGUCUGCCGGCCCGGAUACACGCCGUACGAACAACCGCUCGCGAAUGGCGUCAUCGGCUGUCAGGCGCCCAGUGUCGGCAUUGCCAGGUGGUUCAUGAGCUUACUAGGCUUUGGAACAUCCGACCCGGACGUGUACUGA